AGGAGGAUGUAUGCCUCCCAUCUGCACACGCACACACUUAAAUCCACAAUAAACCUGUUUGUCGUAGGACUUUUAUUUUGAAAUGAUUGGCCGAGGUGGUUCUGUUAUUUCCGGGAAAAUAACGGGCACGCGCAGCAUCGGUGCUCCACAUCGGAUGACCGUUUCCUCAGCAGCAUACGGCAGCGACAACAUGGUGACCAUGGCUCCCUGCACUCCCCUAUUACCAGUUAUCCUCCUUCUUGUCCUGCUCGGUCCAGCUUCCCAGGAGACCAUUAACCCCGCUCUGGUUGAUCUGACGAACAGGAACGCAGACUUUGGCACUCGCAUGUACCGAGCCAUCGCCAGUCGAACAGAUGAUAAUAUCUUCCUGUCUCCUUUCACGCUGUCAACUGGACUGCUUGUGUUGUUGAGCGCCACCAGUGGUUCAACUCAAGAACAGCUGUUUCAGGGACUCACACUGACUGGUCUUGACCAUCAGAGCCUUCCAGAUCUGUUCCGGACUCUGAGAAACGUGGUCCUGAGAAGGGAUGCAGCCAACUUACAACAGGGUGCAGCUAUAUUCCCUGGAGAGAAUUUCCAGCUGUCAACAGCCUUUCAAGAUCUGGUUCAGAACAAGUUUGGAGUGAAGGCUCAGAAGUUGUCCUACACAUUGCCUCGUGAAUCUGAAGAUGCCAUCAACGGCUGGGCUCAGGAGCAAACUGAAGGCAAAAUCCAGGAGCUGGUGCCCACCCUAGACCCACAAACACAGCUACUGCUUGCCUCUGUUGCCUCCUACCAAACUCGCUUUAAUCCACCGUUCAACUCUUCAGUCACUCUGGACGAGCGGUUCUUCGUGGAUAAGUACCAUGUUGUCAUGGUUCCCAUGAUGUUCCGAGCUGAUAAGUACUUUCUGGCGUAUGACCGCUCGGUGAAGGUGGGUGUGCUGAAGCUGCCCAUGGCAGAUGGAGCAGCCAUGUUGGUGGUGCUGCCGGAUGAAGAUGUUGACAUCACUGCUGUGGAGGAUGAAGUGACAUCUGAGAAUAUUCAAGCUUGGAUCCGACAGCUGAAGAAGACGAAGUUGGAGGUCCAGCUUCCUCGUUUCACACUUGAGAGUUCUUACUCUCUGAAAGACACCCUCCAGACUCUUCAUAUAACUCAGGUGUUUGAGGACGACGCUGACAUCAGCAACAUGGGUGGAGCUAAAGGAACUAAACUCACUCAGGUUUAUCAUAAAUCUGUCAUCUCCGUUGAUGAGGCCACCGAUGAUGGCAUUCAGGGCAGAGACGCUGCGUUCGCCACCCCUCCUCCUCGGCUGACUAUCAACAGACCUUUUAUCUUCAUCAUUUUUCAGCAGACCACCGGCAGCCUGCUCUUCAUGGGGCGGGUUACCAAUCCACUCAAAAAUUAAAUGUUGAAAAAGCUAAACUUUCCGCCCAGCUUUUGAGUAUACCUGUUUAACAACAACUAAACCGUUUGAUGUAAAUAUUAUCCAUUAAUCAGUGGUUAGCAUGAUGUUGCUCUGUGCAUGCUAAUGCCACGUUAGCCGUGUGUUUUUGUUCUCUCAUGCUGAUGCUAAUAUCCUAGCAUAAUGUUGUGUUGGUUGUCUUUUAGCCAUUAGUUAUUUAUGAAAUGUUCAAGUAGAAGUUUUUGAUGUUGAAUUCUGUGAACACAUGAACAGUGGAAUGAGUCCAGUGAGGUCAGGGUGGUCAGCAUGGAGCCUCGUGCUUCAGGGACAUUUUCACUCAGAGCAGCGUUCUGCAGGUUUUUGUUGGAUGGCACCAGUGAAGGUUGGUUAUGAAAAAAACUAUUGAAGCAAAUCUCUAUCAAUAAAACAUGGUAUGUCCAUGGAUUAAGUUUCAUUUUAAAGCUUUGUCUUGAUUAUUUUUUGUUUAAAUAGCUUAUGUUAAUUUCAAAUGUAAGAAAAUAACAUUUUACUAACAGUUUCUUAAGUUGUUAAAUUUUUGCUUAUGAGAAAACAGUUUUUCCUAUUUAAACAAAAUUAGUUUGAAAUAGAAAUGUAGCACUUUAUUCUGGCUAAAGCUCCCUACAGGACACCAACUGAAAUCUGAUCAACUUAUCUAUGAAGCUGUAUUAUAGGACAUAUAAUUACACAACAAAUAUCUGUAAGGUGGUUCCACAUCCUGAUUGACUGAUCCAGGAAAUCAGCAGCAAGUUCUGGAGCACUUUUUCAGAUAGUUUGAAGGAGUGCAUGAAGCUUUCCACAUGCUGUCCAAGGUCAUCUCUUUCAGACGGAUGAAGGCUGCACCAAGUUUAGAGUUUCAAAGCCAAUAAGCACAUGCUAGGAAACCAUGUAUGCUGACGGCUUUAAUGAUAUUAAAGCUUUGUGGAACAUU